AUGUCGGAGACUCCACACCACCCCACACAGGACCGGCCGCCCAUUCUGUGCUACGUCACCUUACUCGUACCAACACCACCCCACGCCAUGGAGGGCCAUGCCAUUACCCCACUCAUAGAGACUCGUAUCUCCCAGUCGUCCUACUCAUCAAUGAAUUUAGGCCCCACAACGUACCAACCCAACAUGACAAACCCGAGGACCACUGUCCUCUCCAAUGCUCGCACUCUCUCUCUCGACCUCUUCUUUCCGUCGCGACACAUUUAUUCUCGCUCCUGGUCUUGUGUCCUGGCUCUUCAUUGCGGCACACACAGCUCCCCCCACCUCGCAAUGAGCCGGACUCGUCUCCCUACACCAUAUGUCCGCCGCCCCAUCAACAAAUGUCGUCGACGUACGUCUGACGAGUCCAGUCCUGAUGGAGAAAGGAAAGGCGACAGACCAGGAACGGUGCAGAGUCUCACGUCCUACAUUUGUGACAGGAGGCGAUCAGGCCCCCCUCCUCAACACAUACCGACCGUGGAAACUGAGCCACGGGUGCAAGAGAGCAACUCCCUCACCCUGCUGGUGGACCACUUGGUGAGGGUGUUUGACCUGCGAUCCGGCUCCUCUGUGGCGUCCCUGUACGGCCACCACCUGGGUGUCACCUCCGUUCAAAUUGACGACUGGAAGAUCGUGAGCGGCGGAGGCGAGGGAUUGGUGUGUGUGUGGGAGAUGAGGAUGGGAUCCAAGCUGUGGGAGAUGCACAACAGGCAUCCUGUCAGGCAUGUUAACUUCAACAGCAGCACCCUGGUAACCGCCAACAUCCCAGAUGACAAGUCGCCGAGGGGAGCCUGCAUCACAGACGAUGACCUUACAGCUCACCGCAGACACAGAGGAGUCAUCUGCCAUUACGACUUCUCGGAGGACGCGCUGUCCCAGGAUCACAUCCUGCCCAUCUGCAGGUCCGACUACAUCGAGUCUUCCGGGUACAACUACAACAUCGGGCUGACUGUGCCCUACGACAGGCUGCCGGGCGCCCACCCCUCCCUCUGACAGCAGCUUAUCAAACUGCAGCAGGACUGACUGACAGACUUUAUAAAACUUUGAUCAGUUUGAUUCUCCAAACUGUAUUUGUUUUAUUUUAUUACAUUUUAAUCGUCAUAGUGGAAUCAAGCUUCUUGGAAAAGUACCAUGUAAUGUACACUCUCUGUUUUGUUGGUAUUUUAUGUGGAUUGCAAACACUGUACAAUAAUUUUUGUUGUUUAAGUGAUAACAAUCUCUGUAUUUGAUCAGUGCUGCUGGGCAACAUCAGAGGAAUACAAUGUCCUAUUUUUACCUGAUUUUCUAAAUAAGAUUCCUAUACAUUUGUACAAGUUUCUCUGAAAAGAAUCACAUGCAUUUUGGUUUCUUAGAUUUAUUUUGUUCAUUAAUACAUUUCAGUUCAUUAAAACAGUUUUAUUGAAUCAU